AUGUCCGCUAGAAGGAAAGAAUUCCAUCAAGGAGCUUCCUGCGAACUAUACCACACGAACUUGUCUUUCCAAGAAGAUCUACAGCCAUCUUUCGGCCCAUCCAGAUCACCCAAUCCAAGCCAACCUUGCCCUCCUCGACAUAUAGGCUCCUGCUUUGAAUCACCGAAUCCAGAUGAUUCUUGCACUUAUCCUAGAGACUGUUCCGAACCGGAAGACUAUUCGCACCCCAACAACAUUUGUCCGCCACGAUGUAUAAGAUCUUGUAUUCGAAAGAAGAAUCAAGAUGGUUUAUACAAUUAUCUUGGAGCGUGUGACGAAGAAUCAGCGAUUGAUGAUGAUGCUCCAGGAACACGAAUUCCUAUAAUCAUCCCAAAUACCGCCAGAGACAUGAAUGAUGAACGGCAUUCACAUAGCCAAGUUCAAGAUGAUGUCUAUUUCCCACUGCCAAUUCGUGCGGAUUAG